UUAGUACCUGAGAUCCUAUUUUCAGAGAACAAAAAGCAACGAUGGAGACUACGUUCUAUGGUCAAUUUUUUGGCAGAGAAAAGCAGCGACCUUUCUAUUAUGGAGCCUUUCCUCUUCUGCGCAGUCGAGAUGGAUCCUUAUUUUCAUGAGCAGCAUCGUUUACUCGCUUAUCAUUCAUCAGCAGACGGCAAAGAUAUUAAAGCAUCUCGAACAUCUGCUUUAACGUAUAGAAGCAAGCAAAGGCAUAUAAAUCUUCGUGGAUGGUUACAUGAAAGGAUUACAAGGGAUCCUAAACUUGGGAAAAUGGAAAAUCCACACUUAGUAUGCAUUCGCUUCAUACAUGGCCCUUAUUAUAAUCGUCCGAUAAAGCCUUGUUGUGAGUUCUGCUCCAAAGGCAGAAGAAUAUAUCAUCGUCCAAUUCCUGGAUCGCAAAAGGCUUCAUAUUCUGAAGAGAUAAAAGCAAGCUCGGACGAUAUGCAGAGUGAUUUUGUGGACUUUCCUGAAGAUGCAACAAUUAAGCAUGAACUUCCCAGUAAAUUUAAUCUGGAGCCUGAUGAGAUUAACCAUCUUUGUAAGUCCUUGACCAUCAGCAAAGCGAAUAUAAACGCGCCAAAUUUGUAUGACAGUCGACCUAUCAUUCAUGUAGCAACAUCUCAGGACGAUACUACAGAGGUUAUCAAAGAUGAUGCUUUAGAUGAGUUUUCUGAUUGGGUAAUAAUUGAUUGUGUACAGAAGAAAGAUGAGCUAUUGUGA